AUGGAUGCAAAGAAACAACAGACAGUUUUGCCUGAAGAGGAAUAUUUAGAGAGUAUUGGUAAAAUUAUAGAAAGAGAUUUCUUUCCAGAUUUGGAAAAAUGGAAAGCCCAAAAAGAUUAUUUAGAUGCGGUUCAACAAAAUGAUACAAAGAAAUUAAGAGAAAUAUAUGAAAAGUAUAGUUUAAGCAAGCGAUCGCUUAUUGAACAACCAGAUGCUAGCCCAGAUACAUUUGAAACGCCACAGCCAACUAAAGGACCAAUGAGUAGUAGAACUGUUGAUCCUACGGAUUUAGAUGAUGGCAAACAUGAUGAUUCUAGAUCAAAAGACACUGAAAUUAUUGGAUUGGACAAAUUUUUAAGCAAUACUACAAGUGAAGAUAAUCAUAGUUUUGAUGAAAUCAUUAAAGAAGCAGAAAUUCAAUACAAAAAAAAGAAUGCAUGGUUAUUUGAGGGUGAAAAAAAAGCAUUAGAAAUGGUUGAUAAACUAGAAGUACCUUCAAUUGAAAGUCAAGCAUCUAAUACAGAACGUGCAUUUAAUUUAGAUUCCUGGGCAUUUAAAAACAAAAACUUUAUUAUGUAUAUUCCUGAUGGGGUAACGUUGACAAAAGAUGAACUUAUAAAUAUGGCAUCCAAACGGCAAAAAAUUGAGCAUUCCAACACGAGACUCAAAUUAAACCCAUUUGAUGAAAGACAUAACAAACAACAACUAUGCAGUUUAGCACACAUGCAGACAAGACAGUUGGAUGGCAAAAUUGGAGUUGAUGGCAAAGAAUUAACAUCUGCUACGCCUAAAAUUAAUGGAUAUGGAUUUGUUAAAACACCAUCACCUGCUCCUGGUGUUAGUCAAAGCCCACUGAUGACCUGGGGAGAAAUUGAAGGUACUCCAUUCCGUUUAGAUGGUAGUGACACUCCACUGACUCCUCAUAAUUCUGGUCCUAUUUUCAAAAUACCUGAACAGCCCAAACGUGAAAGAUUAGCACACGCACUUGCUGAAAAAGCUAGUGAAGGUCAUAGAAAUAAAAAAAUUAAAGCUCUGGAGACAGCCCGAAAACAGUUAUCUACACCAUCGCCUUCUAAUUUAAUGAGUAGUCCAUUGGAUCGAUUGAAUUCUAUGUCACCAGCAGCUCAAAGACUUAUAUGUAACCGUAUAAGUAGUGAUAGAAGAAGAGAUGCUGCAUUAAGAGCAUCUUAUAGUCCAUCGCCACAUACAACUCCAUCUAGAUCACCAUCAAUUUCUGGAUUAAAAAGCAAUAUUAAAAAAUCUACACCUACUAAUCAGAAAAAACCGUAUGAAGUACCUAAAAACCUUACUGAUAACUUAUUGAAUAUCAAUGUUUCCAAACGUUCAAGAGCUGUAGAUUUCUUUUAA